GGUAGCCAGCUGGGCAGGGCCUGGAAACAAAGUCAGGGAGGCUCAACUCCUGCUCGCCAGUCACCAGCCCGGAGCCUUGGAGCCGCCACCAUGGGGACACCCAAGUCACGGAGCUGCUUUGGUUACCCCUUGAGCAUCUUCUUCAUCGUGGUCAAUGAAUUCUGUGAAAGAUUCUCCUACUAUGGGAUGCGAGCACUCCUGGUCCUGUACUUCAGAAACUUCAUUGGCUGGGACGACGAUCUGUCCACGGCCAUCUACCACACAUUCGCUGCCCUGUGCUACCUGACUCCAAUUCUCGGAGCUCUGAUCGCAGACUCCUGGCUGGGGAAGUUCAAGACAAUUAUUUCAUUAUCCAUCAUCUACACUAUUGGACAGGCGGUCAUCUCAGUGAGCUCAAUUAAUGACCUCACGGACCACAACCAUGAUGGCACUCCUGACAUCCUUCCAGUGCAUGUAGCACUGUCCAUGAUCGGCCUGGUCCUGAUAGCCUUUGGUACAGGAGGAAUCAAGCCCUGUGUGUCUGCAUUUGGUGGCGAUCAGUUUGAAGAGGGCCAGGAAAAACAGAGAAACCAAUUCUUUUCCAUCUUUUAUUUGGCCAUCAAUGCUGGAAGCCUGCUCUCCACGAUUAUCACUCCCAUACUUAGGGUUCAACAAUGUGGAAUCCACAGUCAACAAGCUUGUUACCCACUGGCCUUUGGGGUUCCGGCGGCUCUCAUGGCUGUUUCCCUAAUUGUGUUUGUCCUUGGCAGUGGGAUGUACAAGAAGGUCCAGCCCCAGGGCAACAUCAUGAGCAGAGUGGCCAAGUGCAUCGGCUUUGCCAUCAAAAACAGAUUUAGGCACCGAAGCAAGACAUUUCCCAAGAGAGAGCACUGGCUGGACUGGGCUAAAGAGAAGUACGACGAGCGGCUCAUCUCACAAGUUAAGAUGGUCAUGAAGGUGAUGACGCUGUACAUUCCACUCCCCAUGUUCUGGGCCUUGUUUGAUCAGCAGGGCUCCAGAUGGACGCUGCAAGCAACAACCAUGAGUGGGAAGAUGGGAGCCAUUGAAAUUCAGCCAGACCAGAUGCAGACGGUGAAUGCCAUCCUGAUUGUCAUCAUGGUCCCCAUUAUGGAUGCUGUGGUGUACCCUCUCAUUGCAAAAUGUGGCCUCAAUUUCACCUCCCUGAAGAAGAUGACAGUUGGGAUGUUCCUGGCUUCGAUGGCCUUCGUGGCGGCUGCAAUUGUACAAGUGGAAAUUGAUAAAACUCUGCCAGUCUUCCCUGGAGGAAAUCAAGUCCAAAUCAAGGUCUUGAAUAUCGGAAACAAUAACAUGACUGUGUAUCUUCCUGGAGAUACUGUGACACUUGAACAAAUGUCUCAAACAAACAGAUUCCUGACUUUUGAUGUAGACAAGCUGACAAGCAUAAACGUGUCUUCUCCUGAGUCCCCAGUCACUGCCGUAACUCAUGACUUUGAGCCAGGCCAUCGUCACACCCUUCUAGUAUGGGCCCCCAGUAAUUACCUCGUGGUAAAAGAUGGACUUAACCAGAAGCCAGAAAAAGGAGAAAAUGGAAUCAGAUUUGUUAACACCCUUAACGAGAUGCUCACCAUCACAAUGAGUGGGAAAGUGUACGAAAAUAUCACCAGUUACAACGCCAGCAACUAUCAGUUUUUUCCUUCUGGAGUAAAAGACUUCACAAUAAACUCCACAGAGAUUGCAUCAGACUGUCAACGAGCUUUUAAAUCUUCCAACCUUGACUUUGGCAGCGCAUAUACCUAUGUGGUCAGAAGGACGAGUGAUGGCUGCCUGGAAGUGAAGGAAUUCGAAGACAUCCCGCCCAACACGGUGAACAUGGCACUGCAGAUCCCGCAGUACUUCCUUCUCACCUGUGGCGAAGUGGUCUUCUCUGUCACAGGACUGGAGUUCUCAUAUUCCCAGGCCCCUUCUAACAUGAAGUCGGUGCUUCAAGCAGGCUGGCUUUUAACCGUGGCGGUUGGCAACAUCAUCGUGCUCAUUGUGGCAGGGGCCGGCCACUUCGAAAAACAGUGGGCUGAGUACGUUCUGUUCGCCUCGCUGCUUCUGGUUGUCUGCGUGAUCUUCGCCAUCAUGGCUCGAUUCUACACCUACAUCAACCCAGCCGAGAUUGAAGCACAGUUUGAUGAGGAUGAGAAGAAGAAGAGCGCAGGGAAGGACAACCUGUACCCCACCCUGGAACCCGUCUCACAGACAAAUAUGUGAGGGUCAGGAGGCAAGGGGAGCCCCAGAUUCCGACAUGUGCCCUGAUCUCUGCCCCAAGGGUCAGGACACCACUGUGUAGCCCUUGAUGGAGAAGACUUCAGACUGUGAACCAAAAUAAUAACAAAGCUGCUUUCUAAGCUGCCAACUCUGAAUCUGAAACUCUAGCGGGAGCAUUUUAUUUUUUUUGGGGGGGGGUCGAGGAGUUUCGAGACAGGGUCUCUCUGUGUAGCCUUGGCUGUCC